UAUAUUUUACAAUACGCCAACAUCUCUGACCUUCAACAAAUACAGAUAAUGUUUAUCUGCAGACAGCGUUUGACAUAGUAAUAAUUGUGUUAAGAGUUAACUAAAAUGGACCCCAGGAAAAUGGCUCCAGGAUACACGGAUGAGGAACACCCUGAGAUAGUGGACAUCCGGGCCAUGCCACCACAACCGACGACACUAAAGCCGGGACAGGUCCCGGAAAAUCUUAUCAGACAGUACUUCGAAGAGGGUUAUUUCCAACUGGAUAAAUUUUUUGAUCCGUCCUCGGAGCUCGAUCCAUGCAGGGAGGCUAUUAGUACAUUGGUAGACGAGUUGGCUCAGAAACUUUACAAAGGCGGGAAAAUCAAAAGUUUACAUGAAGAUUGUGGGGUCUUCGAAAGGCUUACAAAACUAGACGAAGAAUUCCCAGGCGCUAACAUAGUGCUUCACAAGACUGGGAAACUUCCUGAGGCUUUCAUGAAAAUUUGGGGAAAUGAGCGGUUGUUGAAUCUGAUGGAGCAGAUCAUUGGACCGGAUAUAGCUGGAAUGCCAGAUUGGAGUCUGCGCUGUAAGAUACCUAAAACGGAAGCUGCAACAGUGCCUUGGCAUCAAGAUUUAGGUUAUCAGAGUGUGGACGCUUACCAAACCCUCGUGGUGACGGUGUGGAUACCAUUUGUUGAUUCAAAUGAACAGAAUGGUUGCAUGCAGAUUCUUCCGCGUGGCCAUUUAAAAGGCAAAGUUGGACGUCAUUACAGUUGUGUUGGUGACACGUGGUACGUUAAUUUACCGGAAGAGGAAAUGAAAAAUAACCUUGGUGUUGACGUGAAAGACGCGAAGAUUUGUCCUGUGCCAUAUGGCGGAAUAUUGGUAUUCAGCAACUUUUUGCCACACCGAAGCCUUGAAAAUUAUUCUAAUGGAAUCCGAUGGAGUGUCGAUUUCCGGUUCAAGAAAACAGGUCUCCCGAAUGGCAUGCAUGGUCUAAAGGAUGACGUGAUUCUACGUUCCUCCAAGGAACCAGAAAUGAAAAUUGACUGGAGCAUGUUUAACUCAGUGGAAAGGCUGAAAAUCAAACGGGACAAAGAAGGAAACAUUAUAGAUAGGAACGAUAAUGAUUUUGAUACCAGGAUUUCUGGCCCUUGGAUACGGAAGUGGGAAUUAGUCCACUCUAAUAGACACACGGACGAAGCUUGGAAGGACGUUAUGUAGAUGCUGAUCAGGUGUAAUGGCACCAAAAUGUUAUAGUGUUAAUACAGAGCUGUUUCAAUAUGUACAUACUUACAUAAAAAAAAAAUCAGGAAUGGAAGCAAACCGGUAACACUUUUAAUUUUUUUUAUCUAUUUUCUGAAAAUCAAUAUACAGUUACAUCUAAUCCUUUUAUAAUUACAUGUUAAUCAUAAAUAAUUAUAUAAUCACUUAUUACGGAUAUCUUUAUAUAUGCCUGUAUAUGCAAUGAUAUCGUUAAUUGCAGCUAAGUGAACGUAUAUUUAUAAGAUGUACUUGAGAGUCUUUGAACCCCAGGAGAAGGCUUGUAUAGGUUUGUCCUGCGGCCGCUUCCUAUUAUAUUGCUACACAGUGACACACACACACACAGAUAUAAAAUUGAAAUAUGAUUAAAUGAAUAGCCAUCAUUACAGUCGAAUGUUAUAUAUGUCAUACACGUACAUGUUGCCGGACUCUCAUAAAUAUAUUAUACAUGUAUAAAUAAACCAAACAAUCAUGGAGAAGCAGGGCAUCCACUUUCUGACGGCUUCAGCAGAAUUUUGUUCUUUUCAUAUUGUUGAAAUAAUAAAUAAAUAAUUCAUUGAU